GUGACUUUGUGGGGCAGGUUGCCAUUCGCGAAUUUGCCCCGUCGUCACCCAUGGGUCUCCUCCAGCUCGUGCGCCCGAUGCUCAGCGUCCUCCCCGAGGUCGCGAGCCCCGACCGCCGCAUUCCCUUCCGCGAGAAGGUCGUGUGGACAGUCAUCGCGCUCUUCACCUUCCUCGUCCUCUCGCAGCUGCCCAUCUACGGCGUCAAGAACACGGGCACCAGCGACGCCUUGUACUGGAUGCGCGCCAUCAUGGCCUCGAGCCGGGGCACGCUCAUGGAGCUCGGCGUCGGCCCGAUCGUGACGUCCGGCCUCAUCAUGCAGCUCCUCGCCGGCUCCAAGGUCCUCGACGUCGACCAGAACAUCAAGGAAGACCGCGCCCUCUUCUCGGGCGCGCAGAAGCUCUUUGGCAUGCUCAUCACGGUCGCGCAGGCCGUCGCGUACGUCAUGUCGGGCAUGUACGGUGAUGUCAACGAGAUUGGCGCCGCCAACGCGAUCCUCAUCAUUGUCCAGCUCUCGUUUGCGGGCUUGAUCUUGAUCAUCCUCGACGAGAUGCUCCAGAAGGGUUACGGUCUCGGCUCGGGCAUCUCGCUCUUCAUGGCCAGCAACAUUUGCCAGAACAUUGUGUGGGACACGUUCAGCCCCGUCUCGAUCACGACGGGCCGCGGUACCGAGUUCCACGGCGCUCUCAUUGCGUUCUUCCACGUGCUCUUCUCGCGCUCCAACAAGCUCUCGGCGCUCAAGGAGGCGUUCUACCGCCAGAACCUCCCGAACGUCACGAACGUGCUCUCGACCGUGCUCAUGUUUAUCGUCAUCACGUACGUCCAAGGCUUCCGCAUCGACCUCCCGGUCAAGUACCAAAAGUACCGCGGCCAGCAGGGCUCGUACCCGAUCAAGGUUCUGUACACGUCCAACAUGCCCAUCAUCCUCCAGUCGGCGCUCGUCUCCAACUUUUACUUCGUGUCGCAGCUCCUCUUCAAGAAGUUUGGCGACAACAUUGCCAUCCGUCUCCUCGGCGUGUGGGCCGACGUCGAAGGCUCGAACGGCGCGCUCCCGAUCAGCGGCCUCGCCUACUACAUCUCGGCGCCGUCGUCCGCGACCGAGAUCCUCUUUGACCCGAUCCGCGCCGUCGCGUACGUCACCUUUGUCCUCGCGUCGUGCGCCUUCUUCUCGGCCACGUGGGUCGAAAUCUCGGGCUCGUCGUCGCGCGACAUUGCCAAGCAGCUCCGCGACCAGCAGAUGGUCAUGAGCGGCUACCGCGACUCGUCGAUGGUCCACGUGCUCAACCGCUACAUCCCGGUCGCGGCCCUCUUUGGCGGUGUGGCCAUUGGCGUCCUCUCGAUCAUCUCGGACUUCCUCGGCGCGAUCGGCUCGGGCACCGGCGUCCUCCUCGCGGUCACGAUCAUCUACCAGUACUUUGAGGCGUUUGCGAAGGAGCAGACGGACCUCUCGUCCAUGUUUGGCUUUUAAACAGCCAUAGAUGUGUUCCACUAUACCAUACUACGACUAGGCCAAUAGAGACCCACCCUUUUUCUGUACGACAA